UCAACUUACUCCCAUCUCAUCUUCACUCAACACUUCUCCUGACAAUUCCACCACACCUAUCGAGUCUCCCCCCACGUUGCAUGGUCACCCGGUCUAUGAAUAAUAUUUAUCGUCACCAAAUUUAACCUCAACUCUACUCUUUCUCCUGUGUCGCCUGAACCUAGUACUUUAAGGAAGCUCUAUUUGAUCCUAAUUGGCGACAUGAUAUGUCCGAGGAAUUCAAAGCACUCAUUAAAAAUGGCACUUGGACGUUGGUUCCUCGUACUGACCGGGAAAAUACUGUUGGGUGUAAAUGGGUCUUUCGUACUGAACGGUUAUCUAAUGGUGUUAUUGACAUGUACAAAGCCCGUUGGUCGCCAAAGGUUUUCAUCAACGGCCUGGAGUUGAUGUUAGCAAUGCUUUUUUUGCAAGGUCAUCUCUAUGAUGAAGUUUUUAUGCUUCCCCCCACCCCCCCACCCCCCCCACCCCCCCGACUUUGUUGAUCCUACAAAGCCUAAUCAUAUACGUCGCCUACAAAAGGCUUUGUAUGGUCUCAAACAGGCACCUCGAGCUUGGUAUCAAGAACUCAAGCACUACCUUCUUUGGCUUGGUUUUAUUAAUUCCAAAGUUGAUACAUCUUUAUUUGUUUAUUAUCAUGAUAAUCAUAUCAUUUACAUUCUGGUCUAUGUUGUUGACAUUGUUACUACUGGAAGCUCCACUGAUUUUGUUGAAGCAUUGAUCACUAAUCAUGGCCACCUGUUUUUUAUCAAAGAUCUUGGUGCAUGUUAUCUCUUUUUUCCUUGGCGUUGAGGUUAUCAAGCAUCCUCAAGGUAUUCUUCUUUCUUAACAGCGGUACAUCUUGGAUCUUCUCUCUCAGACAAAGAUGACCACAUGCAAUGGUGUGACCACUCCCCUUGCUGCUACCUCUAAACUUAGUCUUCACUCGAGCAGCCCACUUGCCAAUCCAGAAGAAUAUAGAUCCGUGGUUGGCAGCCUUCAAUGUCUCACCCUUACUCGGCUAGAUUUAUCUUAUACAGUGAACAAGCUCUCCCAAUUUCUUCACAAGCCUAAGACUGAUCAUUGGGAGGCUACCAAAAGAGUACUAAGCUAUCUUCGUCACACGGCUGAUCAUGGCCGGCCUCUUAUUAUGCCACUCCCUUUCUCUCUCCUUGCAUGCCUAUUUGAUGCAGAUUGAGCCAGAAAUCCGGAUGAUUACACUUCUACUGGGGCUUUUGUCAUUUUCUAGAUCCCAAUGUUAUCUCAUGGAGCUCUCUCAAGCAACGCACAAUUGCUUGUUCCUCUACCGAGGCCGAUUACCGUUCCGUUGCUACUACCGCUGCCGAACUCCGAUGGAUUUUAUCUCUUCUGACCGAGUUACAUAUUGUUAUCCCUACUCAGCCAGCAAUCUACAGUGACAAUGUUGGUGCAACACAUCUCUGUGCUAAUCAUGUCUUUCACUCUCGCAUGAAACAUCUGCAUUACACUGUCACUUCAUUCGUGAACAUGUUCAGUUCUUCACAAUGACAUUCCUCUGGUCUCUCAUGUUUGCUCUGAAGACCAACUAGCUGACUCUCUCAGCUCACUAAGCCUCUCCCACAACGUCGAUUUCAUGAUCUUCACAUCAAGAUUGGAGUUCUCCAAUUCCCAGACCCUCCAACUUGCGGGGGCACAUUGGAGAUAAAAAAUAAAUUAUAAUUAUAUUCCCAUUUGAAAUUAAU